AUAAGGUUAAAGUAAAGACAUUACAAAAUUCAAGAACAAAAGAGGUGGAGAGGAGACAGAAUCGAACGAAAGAAAAAAUAAUUCAAAAUGCAACGAACAGUGGGAAAGAGAUAGCGAGCGAGCGAGCGAGCGGAAGUUAUCAUUUCUGCUUUCCUUCGGUUCUUUAUCGCCCUGCUUCUCUGAUACUUCUCCCCUUUGGAACUCAAAUCCUGGUUUGAAUCUUUCAAAAUUGGCAGCCAUUAUUUCAUCCGCCAGAUCUUCCCGUCGACCUCACUAGGGUUUUUGAGGAUUCGAUCUUCCACUACGGAUCGGGGUUUCCAGAUCUGGUCGCUUGUUUGUUUCCCCCUUCACUGCUAGAUUUUCCUCCAAUCUCCGAUCGUACCCGCGGCGGCCGUGCGUUUCAAUUCCUCCGAUUAAGACAUGGACGCGAUCGAGGAGCUCUCUCAGCUGUCCGACUCCAUGCGGCAAGCGGCGGCGUUGCUCGCUGACGAGGACGUUGACGAGGCCGCCAGCUCGUCCUCUAGGCGCGCAUCCACUUUCCUCAACGUUGUUGCCCUGGGCAAUGUUGGUGCUGGUAAAUCUGCUGUCUUGAACAGUUUAAUUGGACAUCCAGUUCUGCCAACUGGUGAAAAUGGGGCAACUCGGUCUCCUAUAAGCAUCGACUUACAGAAGGAUGGUUCAUUAAGCAGCAAGUCAAUUGUUCUGCAAAUCGACAACAAGUCUCAACAAGUUUCUGCAAGUGCUUUGCGGCACUCCUUGCAGGACCGCCUGAGUAAGAGUGCGUCCGGGAAGAACCGAGAUGAAAUUUAUCUAAAAUUACGCACAAGCACCGCUCCCCCCUUGAAACUAAUUGAUUUGCCUGGGUUGGAUCAACGUAUCAUGGACGAUUCAAUGGUUAGUGAUUAUGCUGAGCGCAAUGAUGCAAUAUUGCUGGUUGUUGUUCCUGCUGCCCAAGCACCUGAAAUUUCUUCGUCUCGAGCUCUCAGGGUUGCUAAGGAAUGUGAUGGAGAAAGUACCAGAACCAUUGGUGUGAUUAGUAAAAUUGAUCAAGCCGCUUCUGACCAGAAAGCCCUUGCAGCUGUUCAGGCUCUUUUGCUAAAUCAGGGGCCACCUAAAACUGCUGAUAUCCAAUGGGUUGCCUUAAUAGGUCAAUCUGUUUCAAUUGCUUCUGUGCAGUCUGGGUCUGAGAACUCAUUGGAGACUGCAUGGAAGGCAGAGAGUGAGAGUCUGAAGUCCAUACUAACUGGAGCGCCCCAGAGUAAGCUGGGUAGAGUAGCUUUGGUCGAUGCUCUGGCACAGCAGAUUCGUAAACGUAUGAAAGUUCGGAUUCCUAACCUCCUAUCAGGUUUACAAGGGAAGUCCCAUAUAGUUCAAGAUGAACUAGUAAGGCUUGGGGAGCAGAUGGUCUCAAGUUCUGAGGGUACAAAAGCGUUGGCGUUGGAACUUUGCCGUGAAUUUGAGGAUAAGUUUCUCCAACAUGUUACUACUGGUGAGGGUUCAGGCUGGAAGAUUGUUGCCAGCUUUGAGGGUAAUUUUCCAAAUAGGAUGAAACAGCUCCCACUAGAAAGACAUUUUGACAUCAAUAAUGUUAAGCGGAUUGUGUUGGAAGCAGAUGGGUAUCAGCCAUAUCUGAUAUCACCAGAAAAAGGGUUGAGAUCACUAAUAAAAGGUGUCCUGGAACUUGCUAAAGAGCCAGCACGGCUUUGUGUUGAUGAGGUGCACCGAGUCCUGGUUGAUAUAGUCUCUGCAUCUGCAAAUUCUACUCCGGGUUUGGGGAGAUAUCCUCCUUUCAAAAGAGAGGUUAUUGCCAUUGCAACUUCUGCAUUAGAAGGGUUCAAAGGUGAAGCAAAGAAGAUGGUUGUCGCGCUAGUUGAUAUGGAACGGGCAUUUGUGCCUCCCCAGCACUUCAUCCGUUUGGUCCAAAGGAGAAUGGAGAGACAGCGACGAGAGGAUGAGCUCAAGAACAGGUCAUCCAGGAAGGGACACGAUGCGGAGCAAUCAAUACUAAACAGGGCUACUAGUCCUCAGACAGAUGGUCAAGGAGGGAGCUUGAAAUCACUGAAAGAUAAAUCUAGUCAGUCAGAGAAAGAAGGAGAGGGUUCUCUAAAAGUUGCAGGGGCUGAAGGAGAAAUAACAGCAGGCUUUCUAUUAAAAAAGAGUGUUAAAAAGUCCGAUGGGUGGACCAAGCGGUGGUUUGUUUUGAAUGAGAAGUCUGGGAAGGUUUGUUUUCAUUUGGCAGCUUGGUUACACCAAAAAGCAGGAAGAGAGACACUUUCGUGGUGUGAUCACCUUAGAGAGUGCAAUGUUGAAGAUAUUGUUGAGGAUGAAGAACCCCCAGUAAAAGAUAAAAAGGAUAAAAAAGAUAAGAAAGCCAAUGGACCAGAUUCCAAAGGGUCCAAUCUGGUUUUCAAAAUUAGUAGCAAGGUUCCCUACAAAACAGUUGUUAAAACCCAUGGUACACUUAUUUUGAAGGCUGAGAGUGCUGCUGAUAAGGCUCAGUGGAUCAGCAAAAUAUCGAAAAUUGCCCAGAUUUCAAGACCACAGCCUAGGGGUGCUUCCCCUGAUGGUGGUCCCACUAUGCGCCAGAGUCUCUCCGAUGGUUCGCUGGAUACAAUGGUUCGAAGGCCUGCAGACCCUGAAGAGGAGCUUCGAUGGAUGUCCCAAGAAGUCCGGGGUUAUGUCGAAGCAGUUUUGAAUAGCUUGGCUGCUAAUGUUCCUAAAGCAGUAGUGCUUUGCCAAGUGGAAAAAUCCAAGGAAGAUAUGUUGAACCAGCUCUACAGCUCUGUCAGUGCUCAAAGCGCUGGAAGGAUCGAAGAGUUGCUUCAAGAGGACCACAAUGUAAAGCAUAAGAGAGAGCGGUACCAGAAGCAGUCGUCGCUGCUCUCUAAAUUAACACGCCAGCUCAGCAUUCACGACAAUCGGGCUGCAGCUGCUGCUGCUUCCACCAUGCCCAACGGCAGUGCAGAGAGCAGCCCUCGGACAAACGGUCCACCUGUAGGUGACGACUGGAGAUCCGCAUUUGAUGCUGCCGCCAAUGGCUCGGUGGAUUACGGCCGAUCUUCAUCAAACGGCCGCAGCCGACACUCAUCACAGAAUGGAGACGUGAAUGCGAGUGGCCGCCGCACUCCGAACCGGUUGCCACCUGCGCCACCGGGUUCCUCUGGGUAUAGAAUUUAAGGCGAGGAGGAAGGAGGUUUCGAUUCAAUUUAAUAUUAUCCGUCCCAUAUUAUAUGAUGUUGGUGUUGAGGGUCGUGUAUUUUUUUGUGGGAGGGCGAAGAUUACUUGCGCAUUAUCUUGGCCCAGAAACUUUCGGACGAGUCUUUGCGGGUUGGCAUUAGAAAAUUAGAGUAUUGGAAACUCGUUAUAGGGUGGUUUUGUGUACAUAACCAACACAGUUGAUCAUAUAUCAGGCUUCUCUCUUUUUGUUUCUUUUUUAAGAUUUUCUUCUCAUUUUGACUGGCUGAGUGACCCAUUAAACAUUGAGCUUGAUGUCUCUUUCCACUUUGAUUUUGUUGGGCUUUUCUUUCCCUUUUUGCCGCUUCUGUUUUACCUUUCUUGGGCCUCUUUCGUAUUAUUUGUUCCCGUUUCCGCUAGGGAAAAGGACAAGUUAACCUUUUCCUUUCUGUAGUAGGACAGUAACCCUACCGCCUUAGGACUGCCCUACUUUAUUAUUAUAUAUUAGGUAAUUAUUACUGUGUUACUUCAUCUCAGCAACCACAUCA